ACGCGAAAUGCGAACUGUGAAAAUAGAGCGUUCUCGGCCAAAGUGCAACCGAAUGCUAUUCGGAUAAUAUUUCAUCCGUUUUCGUACUGAAAAAAAAGAAGAAAUAUAUAUAUACAACCAUACGAAUCUCUCACAGAAAGAAAAAAUUGAGCAUACAUACAUACAUCAAGUGAAGCUCUUGUGAAAUUGUGCUUUGCAUGUUAAAUCAAGUGAAAAACUAGAGUCUUCCCGGCCACUGGGAAAAGGACGACAUUGAAAUAAUCUUGCCGAAAAGAAGCAAUUGCCAAGACUCAGAGGAACAAAGCCAACAUUAUAUCAAAAGCAGUAAACUGGAGGAGAAAAACAAUAAAACAAAUACAAAUACUCACUAUUUGCUCGGUCAGCUGCACCCAUUUUUAGUGGGAUGAGGAGCCGAGGGCACACACCAUCACCAACAACAACGACGCCGACGAUGAUGAUGAUGAUGACAACAUCGCUAUCCUGGCCACAGGAAGCGGAAGCGGUGGAGCAGAGGCAGCAGCGGCACCGGCCAGAACAACAUAAAAAACGAAAGCAGAAUGACAGGCCAAACAUAUCAGCGGCUUACGACGAUAACAACGAUAACCACGUUAAUGACGAUGCCAACCACGGGGAAGCGCAUAAUCAAAACAACGCCAGCCGGAGCAGUCCUUCGAAUUUUAGCACUUCCGCAUUACGACAGCGGGUGGCCCCGCAGCCACGCCCACUUCCAGUACCACCUUCCGGAAAAUGGGGAGCCACUAUAGGACCUAACUCCUCCCCCUGGCUAGUUGUGGUUCUGUUGCUCCUGACUGCCGCACUGACGGCUUCUGCCACCGACUCAACCACCAGCAGCAGCAGCAGCAGCAGCAGCCCCACAUCGAGUCCGUCCAUCAAUGGCAGUGGCACCGAUUAUGCAUUACUCUACGGCGACUCCACCACCACCACCACGGCCCAGGUUCCAGCCCAGACCACAGGACUCUCGGGUAUUGGCACCGAUGCCAAAGCCAAUGCCGGAAUGGAGGUAGAAGUCGAGGAUGAGGAGGAUGCCGAUGCUAGCGAAUAUAUCUUUGAUCGCCUUGAAGUGCGCAUCGUGUUUAUAACGCUCUAUACCAUAGUCUUUUGCUGCUGCUUCUUUGGCAACCUACUUGUCAUUUUGGUGGUCACCUUGUCCCGACGACUGCGCUCCAUCACCAACUUUUUCCUGGCCAAUCUAGCCUUCGCGGACUUUUGCGUUGGACUCUUCUGUGUGAUGCAGAACCUGUCCAUCUAUCUCAUAGAUAGCUGGGUCUUUGGCGAAUUCCUGUGCCGCAUGUACCAGUUUGUGCACUCCCUGAGCUACACGGCCUCGAUUUUCAUCCUGGUCGUCAUCUGCAUGGAGCGAUACUUUGCCAUCGUGCAUCCCAUUACCUGCAAGCAGAUCCUGACAGCAGCUCGUCUGAGGAUGGUCAUUGUCACUGUGUGGAUCACAUCGGCGGUUUACUCCACGCCCAAGUUUGUCUUCAGCAAGACCAUCAAGAAUAUUCACACCCAGGAUGGGCAGGAGGAGGAAAUUUGUGUGCUGGACCGCGAGAUGUUCAACUCCAAGCUGCUGGACAUGAUAAACUUUGUGCUGCUCUACGUGAUGCCCUUGCUGGUGAUGACGGUCCUUUACAGCAAAAUCGCCAUCGCUUUGUGGCGCAGCUCGCGCGGCCUCACGCCGCAUGUGGCCCAGCAUCAGCACCACCAGCAUCAGAAUCAGCAUCAGCAGGUGCAGUCGGGACAAUCUGGGCAGGACAAUGGUAUGGGUCUGCACAACAGCAUGUACCAUCAUCAGCAUCACCAUCACCAUCACCACAUGAACCCGCACCAGCACCACCAGCUGUCAUCGGCGGCGACAGCAUCGGCGGCGGCGGCAUCCACAGCGGGGGCUGGAGCCGGAGCAGGCGUAGGAGGAGGUGGAGCAGUUGGUCCUGGCUCGUCACUCGCUUCCGCCGGCAGCAGCACUACGUCCUUGUCACGUAAACAGAGCAGUAAAUAUGAGAAGCGUGGCGUCAGCAUCACAGAGAGUCAGCUUGAUAAUUGCAAGGUGUCCCUGGAGGCCGAUCGUCCCAUUGUGAGCGCCUGCCGCAAGACGAGCUUUUACCACCACUCCCAUGCCCAUCAUCAGCGGACAACGGGUAAUGUCGCGGGUGGUGGCAGUGGGAUGGGUGUGGCCGGAGCCACCCACAUGUCCCACUCGUCCAGUAAUGUCCUACGCGCCCGGCGCGGCGUCGUCCGCAUGCUGAUAAUAUUCGUGCUGACAUUCGCCCUCUGCAAUCUGCCGUAUCAUGCCCGCAAAAUGUGGCAAUACUGGUCACGUUCGUAUCGCGGUGAUUCCAAUUUUAAUGCGCUGCUAACGCCGCUCACCUUUCUGGUCACGUACUUCAAUUCGGGCGUAAAUCCCCUGCUCUACGCCUUCCUCAGUCGCAAUUUUCGCAAGGGCAUGAAGGAGCUGCUGCUGUGCUCCUGGAAGAAGGGCAAGGGCAAGUCCUCAUCGAACUCCUCGAUGCACCACAAGCGCAAGGCGCUGCAGACCCAUUCGCUGCCCACGGACACCACGCACAUUGGCAACGAGCAGCUAUGAUGGCCGCGCGGCUGGAGGAGGCACCUCAGGCGCUUGGGCCGGCGCUCCUAAAGGCUGUCCCGUCCCCAAGAGGAUGCCCGAACUGGCUAGCUAUAAUUUCAUUGUGAUUUUGGAGGAG